AUGUUCAACAACUACCGCCUAGGAGGAGAGCCAAACACCGAAGAGAAUCCCAAGGAAGCGGACUUCCCCAGCCACUUUAACGCGAACCGUCGCACCUCAGUGUCGGCAGAGAGCGUUGCUCCCCCGUCGUUUCCGGGAGCGGCAGGCGAGGGUUCCAAAGAAAAGAAACCGUCGCUGCUUACUGGAGCCAGCGAAAAGCUCGUGCGGCAGGCGCUGGCCAAAAUGUUCAUGUUCGCCGACCUCAAUGACGACGGCAUGGACCAGAUGAUUCGCUCCUUUGUUCCGAAGGAGUAUCCGGCAGGGUCGUACGUUAUCAAGGAGAACGAGGAAGGCGACUUUUUCUACGUGAUUGAGUCGGGCAAUGUCGAGUAUACCAAUGGCGGCAAGCUCCUUAACACCGGUGGCCCAGGCACUUGCUUCGGAGAGCUUGCCCUACUCCACAACGCCCCACGCGCGGCCAGCGUCCGCGCCACCACAGAUCUGAAGGUCUGGGCGCUCGAUCGCAUCACGUUUAAGGAAAUCGUCAUGCUCAAGCUGUACGCCAAGCGUGAACACAGCCGCAAGGUGCUGUCGAAUGUUGAUAUCUUACAACAUCUCGAGCCGGCCGCCCAGCUCAAGCUUGCGGAUGCCUUACAGCCCGUGUCCUACAAUACCGGAGAAGUCAUCGUCAAGGAAGGUGACGAGGGCGAUAAUUUUUAUUUGAUUGACGAGGGCGAGGUCGACGUCUCGGUUAAUGGCAAACCUGUGAACACCCUGGGCCGAGGCGGCUACUUUGGCGAGCUCGCGCUCCUGUACAAUGCUCCGCGCCAAGCCACAGUCGUUGCUCGCACGCCCCUCAAGCUCGAGCGUCUUGACAAGCCUGGUUUCAUCCGCUUACUAGGCCAGGGCGUGGUCGAGGAGCUGCGUCGCAGAGACCCCACAAAACGUUGA